UUCUUUCCUUUCUUUAUUUUUCUUCCUCCUGUCUUUUCUCAGUUCCUCCCCACCUCCCCCGUCCGACACCCCAAAACCAAAAAAAUCUAUAUAUUUGUGAUUUCGUGGAGGGGGGAGAAUAGAAAUAAGCACAGGAACGCGCUCCUUCGACGACGACCGGGUUCUAUCCUUCCGCUGACCGCCGGCCGAUUCCUCCGUUGGAUCUCCGCAUCCAGCCCUUCCCCGCCCUCUGCCCUGUCUCGCUUUCUCCCCAAUCCGUUGGAAAUCCCUCUGCUUGAAGCUUCUUCCUUAGGUCUAAGGAAGAAGAAUAAGAACAAGAACCCACCCCACCACCUCCUUAUCGUCCUCUCGAGGAAUAGAGUUCCGAUUCAUUGCUCCCCCAACCCCUAAAUUGGUGAUCGUUUGCUUUGUCUCGAUCUCAAGGUCUCGUUCCCCCUGAAUUUUGGUGAAUCGGGGGAUGGUGGUGGCCACCAUCCGUUUCGGAUCGGCCUGAGAAGGAGGAUGUCGGGCGCGGGCCAGGCGGCGGUGGAGCAGCACGUCGGCUUCCCCGCGAAGAUGGCCGCCGAGGACGAGCAGCAGCAGCGGCGGUCGGUCGGUGGGUGCAACCCGGUGCGGAAGCCGGGGCCCGUCUCCAUGGACCACGUCCUUCUCGCCCUGCGCGAGACCAAGGAAGAGCGUGAGGUCCGGAUCCGGAGUCUCUUCAACUUCUUCGACGCGGCGGGCCUCGGCCACCUCGACUACGCCCAGAUCGAGGCCGGCCUGUCGGCGCUCCGCAUCCCCGCCGAGUACAAGUACGCCAGGGAUCUCCUCAAGGUCUGCGACGCCAACCGGGACGGCCGGGUCGACUACCAGGAGUUCCGCCGCUACAUGGACGACAAGGAGCUCGAGCUCUACCGCAUCUUCCAGGCCAUCGAUGUCGAGCACAACGGAUGCAUUUUGCCGGAGGAGCUCUGGGACGCGCUCGUCAAGGCAGGAAUUGAAAUUGAUGAUGAGGAGCUUGCUCGUUUUGUAGAGCAUGUUGAUAAGGAUAACAAUGGGAUUAUAACUUUUGAAGAAUGGAGAGAUUUCCUUUUGCUUUACCCCCAUGAAGCAACCAUCGAGAACAUUUAUCAGUACUGGGAGAGAGUAUGCCUUGUUGAUAUAGGUGAACAGGCUGUUAUUCCUGAAGGUAUAAGUAAGCAUGUGAAUGCAAGCAAGUACUUGAUUGCCGGAGGAGUAGCUGGAGCAACUUCUCGUACAGCUACUGCUCCUCUUGAUCGUCUUAAAGUGGUUAUGCAAGUGCAGACGAAACGUGCACACAUUAUUUCAGCAAUAAAGGACAUAUGGAGAGAGGGCCAUUUCUUGGGAUUUUUUAGGGGGAAUGGCAUAAAUGUUAUGAAGGUUGCACCUGAAAGUGCAAUAAGGUUUUACACAUAUGAGAUGCUAAAAGAUUUGAUUGUCAAAGCCAAAGGAGAAGAUAAGAGUAACAUUGGUGCUUCUGGCCGUCUUGUUGCUGGUGGUUUAGCAGGUGCUGUGGCACAAACUGCAAUUUACCCCAUGGAUCUUGUGAAAACACGACUGCAGACUUACUCAUGUGAAGGUGGAAAAGUUCCUAAUCUUGGUACAUUGUCAAAAGAUAUAUGGCUGCAUGAAGGGCCUCGAGCUUUCUAUAGAGGCCUCAUCCCAUCUCUUCUUGGAAUUAUCCCAUAUGCUGGUAUAGAUCUUGCGGCAUAUGAGACCCUGAAAGAUAUGUCUAAAACAUAUAUGCUUAAAGACUCUGAACCUGGCCCACUCGUGCAACUGGGUUGUGGUACUAUUUCAGGAGCUCUUGGAGCAACAUGCGUUUAUCCCUUGCAGGUUAUAAGAACAAGAAUGCAAGCCCAGCGCACUUACUCAACCACUGCAUAUCAAGGAAUGUCUGAUGUGUUUUGGAGAACCCUUCAGCAUGAAGGUUUUUCAGGAUUCUAUAAAGGAAUUUUUCCAAAUCUGCUCAAAGUGGUUCCAUCUGCAAGUAUUACUUAUCUUGUUUAUGAGACCAUGAAAAAAAGCCUUUCUCUUGAUUAAAGGAAUUUAUAAUUUUGCCUUGUAGCCGCUAUUAUUGACAUGGCUGACUAUAGAGUUCAUGAUGACGAUAACGAGGAUAAGGUUACUGAUUAAGUAGGUGAUAUGAUUGUUUCAGUUAUAUGAUGGUAUUUUUUCCUUCAGAAUAUGAUGUAAAGGUCAUUUUAGCAACUCUAUUUGCAAAGCUAUUUGGAAAUAAUAUCAGGGCUAUCUUCAAGGCCUGACAUUGGACUUCGAGGUAAUGUCCCCUUUCUUCUCGGCGGCACUCCGAUAUAUUAAUAACUAUAUAUUUUUCUUAAUUUUUUCUCAACAUAUAAGUUUUAAGUGUAUCUAUAUCACAUAGACAAAGUUUUAUUUCUUUCUAGAAUCAUUGUUCUUCAGGUCGUGCUUUGUUAGUAAUCUGCAUCACAAUUAGAACUUCUGCAGAGGGAAAAGAGAGAGGAGACAAAAAAAUAUUACAGCUUUAGAAGCAGUGCAUAUAUAGCCUUGCUUUGUACAUGAAAAAUAUAUGUUCAGAGCAUAGCUAUUCCUUAACGUUGGUGUGUGCUUUAGAUCUGCCCCCUUUCCCUUGCACAUUAAUUAGCUUUUCAGCAUCACAAUAAUCUGAUUUCAUGCAUGUAAACAUGUUGCAAUAUGCCAUAUGCCAUGUCAAUGUGGACUGCGGUCUUCUUUAGUUUUUCAUGCAAACAUAUUUGAAGGUUCUGGGUGCAAUUUGAGUCUCACUUUUUAGGGUAUUCUUAAUGUAGACAUGGGUGUUGAUGUUUGCAAAUAGUGCAAAAGGUGUUAUUCUUGGACUUCCAAAUCAUAUGAUACAAUCACUUUAUGCAUGUGUGCAUGCAUGUAUUGGUACAUGUAUGCAGAACUUUAUUUUCUAUUAAUACCUAAAAGCCAAAAUGGAAAAAUACUUGGGUUAAACAAAAAAAGAUUCGAAAGGAAAAAGGAAAAUCUUUAUUCAAAAAUCAAAACACUAAUCCAUAUGGACUGGAGUAUGAAGACAUGUAUGUUAUAUAACCAUGUCUCUAGAGUUCUGGAAGCAUUUUUCUUGGUAGGCUUUAUUAAUACACCGUUAGAGAUUGGAACUAAGUAGAAUUCUUGAAAGUUUUGAGUUUUAAAAUUCUAACUUUCUUCUAUAUAAAUCCAGGAUGUUUGUUUAGAAAGAUCUAGAAUAUUAUAAAGUAUAGAUUCCAGUACAUCUGCCAAUGUGAUGCCAACACCAUGUAGCCAGGUAGAAUCCAGGCACCCUAGCCUUUUGAUACGUUCAUCACAUCCAUAUUAGUAUUUGUGAUUAGGCUUAUGAUGUGAAAAGAAUCGAUCAAUGGUUGGAAGAUUGGAAGGCAAAACUUAAUAUUCUUGGGAGAAAUGUAUCUCUACAAAAAUUUCAUACAUAUCUUUCAUGAUUCUAGUAGUUCUUUUUUUUUUUUUGGCUCUAAAUGGAUGGAAAAUGCAAGAUUUGUGCUUUGCCUCCGAAGAGUCUUCAUUGUUGAUAGAUUUGGGAAAACCAUAUCUAUAAGCUUCAUAGUGAUUGUUAAUGUAUUCCUUUUUGAAGAGCACAAGAGGCACUAGAAAUGAUGUUCCAAAAGCAACUUCAGUGCUUUCUGUUGCAAAGAAGUUGCUAUGAUGGUAGGGAUCGAGUGAAUCAACACACUCAACCUGUAUUAUCCUACAUGGGAAAAUGUAUAUGGAGGGAAUUGUAUUUGUGUGAGGACUUCAUUCCUCAACUGUUUAUGGGAACUUUUUGGAUUAAGAAAUUAAGGAACUUAGAUUCUUGAUCUCCUUGACUAUAAUAUGUUAGUUCUCUUUGGGACUAAAGAUUUGAAUGAUGAAAAUGCAAAGAUAGGUUCAUGGAGAAAUCUUUCCAUAUCAUGCUUGCUGGUGUGCAUGAAGUUGAAUUAUGCAAUUUAUCUGAAAAUUUGUCUCUAAAAGAUUCGAGCUUUAGUUUUAUUUCAAUUGAAUUAGACACUUACAUGUGGCAAUCUUCCUAAGAGGGGUUGAGAUAUUUUCUGUAGAUGCCAAAAUAUGUUGAGGGAUAAAAAUAAAAGUUACCCUUGUUUCGUGCAAAUUCUCUGAAGACAUUAGGGUUGACAUUUUUUGUUUUUAGAAAUUUGUAGUCUGAUUUUGAUUCCAUUCCCAUGCUGAUGGGGAAGUCAAAUUGUGUUCAGCUUGUUGGCCAUCCAAAAAUGUUGGCCUUCUUUCUGUUUGUUGUGCACAUCAUAGCACAUGUAUGCAUGCUUGUGCAGACACACCCACACCCAAGCCGGUGGGGAGGUGGAAUUGUGUUCAGCUUGUUAGCCAUCCAAAUAUGUUGGCUUUCUUUCUGUUUGUUGUGCACAUCAUAUCACAUGUAUGCACGCAUGUGCAGACACAUCCACACCCACACCCACACCCAUCUGCACCCACCCAAGUCCCUACCACAGACACACACGCACGCACGCGCACACAUGCAUACAAAGAGAGUGCUUGAAUAAUUUGUCACAGUUCUUAUUUUCCCUGAGAAAUCAAUAAAGCCAAAAUAAUAGCAUCCAUAUUUCAUUCGAUGGCUGUGUUUUGGCAAGCAUAUGCUUGUGCCAAUUUUUAUUUCUGGAGUUGCUGCAUGUUAAAUUUAUUGAGUUUUUGAACUCAUUCUCCAGAGUCUUCAGGAGCUGACUUUCCUCUCUCCAAUUUUGGGAAUUUAAUUAAAAAAAAAGUGAUGGAGGCAAAUCUUGAUUAAGAAUUUGAGAUGCUAGCAUAAAUGAUAUGCAUGAAUUCAUUCCUUUACUGCUUGUAGCAUCUAAAUAUUGCUCCUUGUAGACAUGAAUAAUUAAAAGCACCUUGUAUGGAACAAGAGUAUUAUUUUAAUAUUAAAAAUAUGUUAAAAAUUUGUCACUUCAGUCAUGGACCUGUAGUUUAUAUAUCUGAGAUUGUAACUGCAAGUCUCCAAUUGCCUGGCUAGGAGAUUUUUGAAAGGAUGCGUGCACUGCCGGUAGCUAGUGACAGGAAGAACCGUUGAGUAGUUAGCCUUGCCAGGAGUCCCUGUAAGAUUGUUAUCGAGAUUUUCGUGGAUCAUCUUCAGCUACAAUCAUCUCCCUGUUCCAGUUAGCUUUCUUUGUUGAUCAUAGUUUUUUGAGAGCUUUAUUAUGGCUGUUAAACACUAGUUCUUGAUGUCUGAACAAUAACCUUGACAUGUAAUAAUGAUUUUGAUAGGUGUAUGAUGAUGCUGAUAAAAUUUUCUUACUUCCAUCAUGAGGAAAAUGAUUUCGGAGUGAACUGAUAGGGUUGAUGCCAAACCAUGUCUCGCAUAUUUGUUAAUUAAUGAACAUGCUGUAUGGUAAUGUUUACUGUCGAUGCAAGACAACUGCAGGUUGCUAUAGGUUACUAAGUCAUCAUCCCCUCCCACAGCUACGUGAUGUGGAUCAUUGGCUUGAACUGAUGGUAGUAGGAACAAUUUUGAACUAGGCGGGUCAACCUUGCCCAUUGAUGCCACUAGGAGUCUUACGGUAGCAGCUGACUAGUGUAUUAUUUUGAAUUUAAGAAAAUUCCUUGCUGUAUAAUUUGAAUAUGGAGAGCUUAUCAUGUUUCAGAGAGUAUUUCCAUUGGAUUCUAUUUUUUUGAAUUUAACAAGUUCUGAUUCACAAGUUUCUUAGCCAUUGUAGCUUAUGUGUUUUGGUUUCGUUCUUACAGUGAACGGCCUUGCUGGAACCGUUGAGAUCAAAAUCAGUUCAUCCACAAUGAUUUGGCUUCCAGGAGCAUAUUUAAUAAUACUGCUGUAUAAUACGUGCAUAGAGGCUAUUUUGACAUGUAUUUCAAGUAACAAAAUUCUCUGUCCCCAACUUGAUUAGGGGCCAGCCGACUCCACACAUGAUACCCUUGCAAAAAGGGUGCUGAUAAAAUGUAUGUUUUCCUCUGAAAUGUUACCUGGAAA